CCGGGGGCUGCGGGAGUGGGCGGCGGCGGCGAGCGGGCGGCGGGCGCGGGAGGAUGCCCUGGCGCAGGCGGGCGUCCUGCUCCGCCUCGCAGCUCGCAGACCAGGCGACUGUGUGCCGGCCGCGGGAAAUGGGUCCUAUGGGGCUCGUGUGACCAGUGAAUACAGCCUGCUAUCCUGACGCCCAGCAGGGAGGGAGUCUACCAUGGAUGGCAUCAUUGAGCAGAAGAGUGUUCUGGUGCACAGUAAGAUCAGUGAUGCUGGCAAAAGGAAUGGCUUAAUUAACACCAGAAACUUCAUGGCUGAGAGCAGGGAUGGCCUGGUGUCCGUUUACCCAGCACCUCAGUACCAGAGCCACAGGCUGGUGGCCAAUGCAACACCAGGCAGCCUGGAAGGAGGCAGAAGUGAGCCAGUGCAGCAACUGCUGGACCCAAACACACUACAGCAGUCCAUGGAGUCCCACUAUCGUCCCAACAUCAUCCUCUACUCAGAUGGUGUACUCCGCUCUUGGGGGGAUGGCGUGGCCACUGACUGCUGUGAGACUACCUUCAUUGAGGACCGGUCACCCACCAAAGACAGCCUGGAAUACCCCGAUGGGAAAUUCAUCGACCUCUCAGCUGAUGACAUCAAAAUCCACACCCUGUCCUACGAUGUGGAAGAAGAAGAGGAGUUACAGGAGCUGGAGAGUGACUACUCCAGCGACACAGAGAGUGAGGACAACUUCCUCAUGAUGCCCCCACGGGACCACCUGGGGCUCAGUGUCUUCUCCAUGCUCUGCUGCUUCUGGCCUUUGGGCAUUGCGGCCUUCUACUUGUCCCAUGAGACAAACAAAGCUGUGGCCAAAGGAGACUUCCAUCAGGCCAGCACCAGCUCCCGGAGGGCCCUGUUCCUGGCAGUGCUAUCCAUCACCAUUGGAACUGGCAUCUACGUGGGUGUGGCUGUCGCCCUCAUCGCCUACCUCUCCAAGAAUAACCACCUGUGAGCUUCCUAAAGGCUGGCAGAAGGAGGGGAGCCGGGCCAUGUAUGUGAGGGUGGAGAAGAGACAACUGUGUGAUACUGUACAGUACAAGUGAUUGCCAAAUGACUCCAUGAUGCCCUGGAAUCUUCUACUCCUGGACUACUUCUUCUUCUUCUUCUUCUUUUUUUAAUCCUUCCAUUUCAUCUUCAGCACUGUGCAGAGCACCAGGCAGCCAGCAAUGCUGAUUCUUCCACAUGGAAGCUCCAAAGAUUCCAGCCCAGUGGCUGAGCCUGGAUGGAUUCUAAUGGAUCGAUGAUAACCCAGCUCUGCAGCCUGCCAGUGCCUGGACCACCACCCCAUUAGCAAUAUACAAACAGUUAAAAAAUAAUGUUUAUUUUUUAUGGAAUAUGGUGCAAUAGGCAGAAUGCAGGAGACAUGUCACCAUUAGCUGUGGCCCGCUUACGUCCUCUGUGUCCCCCAUCCUUGUGGCUUCCUUUCAGAAACAAGUGAGGUUGAAAAGGAAAAGAAAACAUCUGCUGGGAGAUCUGCUGUCUCUGUCCACAGAUGGGUCCUGCCUGAGAAUUCAAAAUUAGAGGAGCAUAGCGCCUAUCCUGGCCCUGCUCAGUCCCAGCACGCUGCCCCAGCUUGGAGCAUUGGGCUCCCUGCAGAUACCCAGCAAUACACAGUUCUGGGGCCUCAUUAAUCUUAAAAGGGAGGCAGCCAUAGCCCUGCCUCCCUCAAGAACAAGCCCAGCAUUUGCCCCAGGAGCCUGAAGGAGAGGAACUGUGAAGACACACAGGAUGUUUAACUCUUGGACGCUCAUCCUGGUCAUGAGCAGCAAUACUGGGAUCCCGGAAAUGAGAUGGGCCUUAUUCUGUCGACUAAAUGAAUGGCUAUUUUCUUGUCAUUUUUUUAAGUGCAACUCUUGCUUCAUGCUGCUUCAGUUGCCAGAUGAAUGCUGAGAAAUAAGUAAUCACAGAUGUUUUAAUACCAUGUCAUUGCUGUUUUACGAGUGUUCAUUAUUUAACAAAAAUUAUCUUUUA